CGUGUCCAAGACGCAGCCAAACUAGAAAUUCGACGAAAGCAAAGCGCACUCAGCAGUCGCACUGCGCGCACAGUCCAAGCUCCAUAGCCCUAAUUUAGUGUUUGUCGACAAAACAGGUGUUUACAUUGUAUUCUUUAGUUAUAGUUUAGUUAUUAAUAGGAGGCACACGUAUCGCCACAUAUUCAAGCAUGAACAUACACGUUAAUGCCAAUACGCUUAAGUACAUAAGCCUGCUAACAUUAACUCUACAGAAUGCGAUCCUGGGCCUCAGCAUGCGCUAUGCUCGCACACGACCUGGCGAAAUCUUUCUCAGCUCUACAGCUGUGCUGAUGGCGGAGUUUGCCAAGCUCAUCACCUGCCUGGUGCUGGUAUUCAACGAGGAGGGCAAGGAUGCGCAGCGCUUUAUACGCUCACUGCACAGGACCAUCAUUGCCAAUCCGAUGGAUACGCUUAAGGUGUGCGUACCCUCGCUAGUCUACAUUGUGCAGAACAAUCUGCUGUAUGUGUCUGCUUCGCAUCUGGACGCGGCCACUUAUCAGGUCACCUACCAACUCAAGAUACUGACCACCGCAAUGUUUGCGGUUGUUAUCUUGCGCCGCAAACUGCUGACGACACAGUGGGGCGCACUCGUACUGCUUGUAAUGGGCAUUGUGAUGGUGCAACUGGCCCAAACGGAUGGUGGUGACAAGUCUGAGAGCUCUGAUGUAGCAGCAGCAGCAGCAGCCACAGCGGGAGAGGCAACCGAUGCAACGUUGCCAGUGCAAAAUCGCAUGCUUGGACUGUGGGCCGCAUUGGGUGCCUGCUUUCUAUCCGGCUUUGCGGGCAUCUACUUCGAGAAGAUACUGAAGGGCGCCGAGAUCUCUGUGUGGAUGCGCAACGUGCAGCUGAGCCUGCUCAGCAUACCCUUUGGGCUGCUCACAUGCUUCGUUAACGACGGCAGUCAUAUUUAUAAUAAUGGAUUUUUCUAUGGCUACGAUGGAUUCGUCUGCUAUUUGGUACUGCUGCAGGCAGGCGGCGGACUCAUUGUCGCUGUGGUCGUCAAGUACGCGGACAAUAUACUUAAAGGCUUUGCCACCUCACUGGCCAUCAUUAUCUCUUGCAUUGCAUCCAUUUAUAUAUUUAAUUUCAAUCUGACACUGCAGUUCAGCGCAGGCGCCGCGCUGGUCAUCGCUUCCAUAUUUAUGUACGGCUACGAUCCGGGACGGGCUGCCAAUGUGAAAUCUCAUGCGACAACUUCAGCUGAUGAGGAGAAGCUACUGCCGCGCGUGUAAGCCAGGCAAGCAAACAAAUUUGGCAUCAGUAUUCCAUUGUCGAUUAAUUUGUGGCCUAAUAGUUGCGCUCUGUGCCUUUGUAAUUGAUAAAGCAAUCCAAUCCGUUGCGUAUUCCUUUCAAGAGUUUUCACACAUGUUUGUAUGUUUUUUUUUAACUUAUAUUUAGUUAUUCUUUACCCAUCGAAAAAAAA